AUGCCCACCAGAGAUUUGCAAUCUCCUUCUCAAGGUUGGGAUUGUUUGGAUAGUAAAGAUUGGUGCUUUAGCUCAAUGAUGCCCUCAAGAAGAAAGAAGUGGACAGAGGCCGAGGAGAGAACUCUGAUUGACAAAUACGGUGAGAUGGUAUCUGAUGGGACGCUUGCUAAGAUGAAAACCAGAGAGAAAAAGUUUAAACCCAUUGCUUGUUAUGUGAAUUCUGUGCACCAUGUUCAAGACCCAAUUGCCUACCGUUGGCAAUGGUCUUGGAAGGAUGUUUCCACCAAGGUCCAGAACAUGAGGCACCAAUAUCUACUUGUCAAGCAGAAGAUCAAGAAACAACAACCCGACGGUGGUGCUAGCAGUGGUGGUGGUAGUGGGGAGUGUAGUGGGGAGGAGUUUGACUGGAUGGAGGGCCUUACCCAUUGGUCGAAUUUCUUGAGAUAUAAGGAGGUUUUUGGGGAUGUGGGGAUCGUGAAUAGCAAUGGUAAUGAACUGAUGGCAUCUGUGAAUGGGGAUGGUGAGAAUGGUGGGGUGUUUGUGGGGGAAUGGGGCUUGUGGAAUGGGCCAUUCCGAUGGGGAUUUCGGGGCAGGGAUUGA